UUUUGGCUUCCAGCCGCCCGCCUGCAUGAAAAUCCGCGCCCUUGGCAUGCACAAAGUUCGCCCGAAGACGACGAAGUCCAGUGAUGCACCAUGGUGGCUGCCCCCGCCACGAGCCCGUCCCAGUUGCCCGUCGAGGUGCACUGUCAUGGAGGCCCCAUCUUCAGGAGCGCAGUUGCUGAAACCCAGGGCCUUCGCCCAAGCUACGAAGAUGCCUACGCCAUCACCUCGGAGGGGCAAACCGUCUACUUCUGGGUCUUCGACGGGCAUCGGGGGGACUGCGCCAGCCGCUUCGCGGCUGAGCUCUUCGGGUCCAAGGAAUUCAGCCCCAGCGAUGACAAGCUACCGUCCGACAGGCGUAUCCGUAGGGCCUUCCGCACCGUGGACAGCCGGCUGCGGGACCACCUGUGCCAAGUCAAGUCUGGGAACGCGGGGAGCACCGCGGUGGGCGCGCUCGCAGCGCGGAACCGCGAUGGGACCUACUCGGCGAAACUGGUGAAUUGCGGGGACUCGCGGUGCGUGGUGAUCCACGCGCCGGGGGAGAACAAGAUGAGUCGUGCAGCCAUUCAAGUGAAAUUACCGCGGUCGCUGGAAUCUUUUUGCGAAGCCCCGGAGACGAACUGGUCCCAGGACGCUUCUUGGCUUCCUGACUGGCCAGCAGUCGUCGAGACCAUUGAUCACAAACCCAGUCUUUGGUUUGAGCGUGCACGGAUUGAGGCUGCUGGGGGAACGGUGUGUGGCGGGCGCACGGCGCGGCUGGACGGAAACCUCGCCGUCAGUCGCAGCCUGGGGGAUUUUGAUUUCAAGUGCAACGAUGGGCGGCCUGCGGCCGAGCAGAAGGUCUCGUGUUUGCCGGACAUCUACGAGGUCUCAGGAUUACCGGAGGGAACGCUGCUUCUGCUGGCCUGCGACGGCCUUUGGGAUGCGAUUUCGAGUGAGGAGGCAGCACAAUUCGUACAUGAGCGGCUUCGAUACAAUCCGCCCAUGGAGCUCGAUGAGAUCGCACAGGAGCUCAUCGACUUCAGUUUGGAAGCAAAGACUCGUGACAAUGUGACAGUACUGCUGGCCCAGCUGGGAUAUAGCCAGGAUUCGAGCGAGGGCGAGGCGGACUAGGCUUACCUUCACUCGGCAAUGGCCGCAACGGGUGAGAUGAUGAAAAUGGGUGGG